UUUGGUUUUUUUUUUUUUUUUUUUUUUUUUUUUUUUUUUUUUUUUUUUUUUUUUUGAAAAAUAAAACGUAAUUUUGUGACUUUUUUGUCUGAACGAGAGCAAUGAAGAAUGACAUCAGGACGCGACAUUAAUGCACUCCAGUUGAAUUUAAAUGUAAUUUUAUACCGAAAAUGACGAAAUUUGUAUUGAAUACUCGUUAUGUUGAAUAAUAUUUUUAUUAUUAAUCUGAAAAUAAAUAUCGUUUUGUGUAAAUCGACUGUUUGUAAUAUUUAUGAUACCGACAAUCUCGAGUAAACAGAUAACGUUGAAUUGCGAUUGAAAGAGUGGGAGGGGAAGGGGGAAUAAUAAACCAACUCGGGUGAUAGAGUAACUGCCAGUUACGUUGUAGAUUUCCCAACGAAAACAAGAAUGCACGCGGUUCUUCGGUCAUCUUGUAAAACUAAAUAUCCACGUUUUCAAUGGAUAGAUAAUCGUCCGGUUUUGAGGUGUACGAAUUGUCGAUUAAAAAUCUCUACGCGAUUGUAUCACAGUGAAAAUGGCGUCUAUGGAUACAGACCGAGGCCACAAAGACAUUUUGAAGUUCCAAAAGAUUACCUGGAUAUACGAUCGAAAAACAGCAAUUUCUAUAGAUUGGUUAGCGCUUAUAGAGAAUAUGGUCAUAAACAAGCUGACAUCAAUCCUGUAUCAACUAAAAAGCCAAAACCACUGGUAGAAUUGGAACCAGAGAGAUUUGGUUUAAAUUUGAGCGACAAAGUUUCAUUUAGAGGGAUCUUAUCAUUGGGGAAAGAUGAAGGAACUGUAGAAGAGGCGUUGAAAUUUUUGAAUGAGACAUACACUGGAUCUAUAGCAGUAGAAUUUAAUUAUUUAGAGACUGAGGAAGAGAGAGAAUGGUUCGCAGAAACUGUGGAAAGAACUGUAAUGGAUCCUGUGACGGACGAAACGAAAGUAGCCAUCGCGGCGAAAAUGUUGAAGAGUCAAACUUUCGAUCAAUUCUUGGCCAUCAAAUUCGUAAACUUCAAAAGAUACAGUGGCGAGGGUGCUGAGAGCAUGAUGGCCUUUUAUCAUGAAUUUUUUAAACUGUGUGCCAAUGAUGAUUUAAAAUAUAUCGUGAUUGGCAUGGCCCAUCGAGGUCGUCUAAAUUUCCUCACAGGAGUGCUGAAUUUCCCUCCAGAAAAAUUAUUUCGACAGUUACGAGGGUAUUCUGAAUUUCCGGACGAUGUGAACGCAACUGGCGACGUGAUCAGUCAUUUUGUAUCUUCUACAAAUCUUAACGUCGAUCGAAAAAAUCUCCAUGUUACGGUAUUGCGAAACCCUUCGCAUCUGGAAGCUGUGAAUCCUGUUUCGAUGGGAAAAACUCGAGGAAUGAUGCAAGCAUUUAAAGACGGAGCAUAUAGCGAAGACAUAAACGCUCAAUGGAGUGAUAAAGUGUUGAAUAUUCAAAUUCAUGGAGAUGCAUCAUACGCUGCUCAAGGAGUUGAUCAAGAAUGUCUAGCGUUAUCCGCAGUUCCUCACUUUGAGAUUGGUGGAACAGUUCACUUGGUAAUCAAUAAUCAAUUAGGCUUCACGACUCCGGCUUCCAGAGGCAGAUCGUCGAGAUAUUGUACGGAUCUAGCCAAAAUGAUCUCUGCUCCGGUGAUUCACAUAAACGGGGAUGAUCCUGAGAUGGUUGUCCGAGCUGCUAGGAUAGCGUUCAAGUAUCAACGAAAAUUUAGAAAGGACGUUUUUCUGGAUUUGAAUUGCUUCAGAAGAUGGGGCCACAAUGAGCUAGAUGAUCCCGUUUUUACAAAUCCUGUCAUUUACAAAAUUAUACACAGCCGUCCAUCGGUGCCAGAUCGAUAUUUGGACAAACUGGUGAAGAAUAACAUUCUUUCAAUGGAGGAAGCCAAAAAUAUCAUCGAAGAUCAUAAAGCCAAGCUGAACCAAGGUUUAAACGAAGCGGAUAAUUAUAUUCCAGAGCCUUCAUACUUUGCAGGCUUGUGGAGCGGAAUGCAGCAAGCUGAUGCGAGAGUGACACAGUGGGACACGGGAGUUGAUUUAAGCCUAUUGAGGUUCAUUGCCGAAAAGAGCGUUCACAUUGACGAUGACUCGAUAAUUCAUCCUAAAUUAAUGAAAAGUCACAUUCAAUCUCGGCUAAACAAAAUAGCGAAUGGUGAACACUUAGACUGGGCCACUGCCGAAGCCUUGGCAAUUGGAACUUUAUUAUAUCAAGGAUAUAAUGUAAGAAUAAGCGGACAAGAUAUAGGUCGUGGAACGUUUUCCCAUAGACACGCCAUGCUUAUUGAUCAAUCUACUGGAGAGAUGCAUAUUCCAUUGAAUUCGAUGAUCGAUGGACAAACAGGAAAAUUAGAGUUAGCUAACAGUAUUUUGUCAGAAGAAGCGGUUCUGGGGUAUGAAUAUGGGAUGAGUAUAGCUGUACCAACUACUUUGACAAUAUGGGAAGCACAAUUUGGAGAUUUCUUUAAUGGGGCACAGAUCAUGAUUGACACUUUUGUAAACAGCAGUGAAGCAAAAUGGAUGUUAAGCAGUGGUUUAACGAUACUUUUGCCACAUGGCUAUGACGGUGCUGGUCCUGAACAUAGUUCCUGCAGACUUGAGAGGUUUUUACAGCUUACAGACAGCAAUGAAGAUAAACCAGAUGGUGAUGAUGUUAAUAUGUACGUAACGAACCCCACGACACCGGCUCAGUACUUUCAUCUAUUGAGAAGACAAAUGAUAAGAAAUUUUCGAAAACCCUUAAUAGUGGUGGCUCCAAAAAUAUUGCUGCGUCAUAUCGCAGCGACUUCACCGAUAACGGAUAUGCAAUCACAAACUACAUUUAAAAGCGUUAUAGGAGAUGAAAAAAUAGAAGAAUCUAAAGUGACUAAAGUGAUCCUCGUGAGCGGCAAACAUUACUACGCUCUUGAUAAUUUCAGAGAAAGUACAGAUCAGAAAAAUGUAGCAAUUAUUAGAGUUGAAAAUCUAUGUCCUUUUCCAAUACAAGAAUUAUUGCAAGAAAUCGAUAAAUAUAAAUAUGCAAAAACUUUCAUAUGGAGUCAAGAAGAACCGCAAAAUAUGGGAGCAUGGAGUUUUAUCAAGCCUCGUUUUGAAAAUUUAUGUGGCAGAGUAAUAAAAUACAGUGGUCGUAAACCCAUGGCUGCAGCAGCUGUAGGUGCAGGCAAAUUACAUCAACAGCAAGCUCAGGAAGUGACCGUAAGACCCUUUAAUAUGAAAUAAAUUUUAUAUUGUAUUGUAUAUUUUACUCUGUUUUAUUUGUACACAUGAUUUAACUGCCAAAACUCACAUUUAUAUUUGCAUAACAUUAUUAUAUAUUAUAUGAAGAAAUAAAUUAUUUACAUAUCA